AAACUGCUGUCUAUACACUAAUGCCGAUGGUUAUGGCUGACCAGCACAGGUCUGUCUCAGAGCUGCUGUCAAAUUCAAAAUUUGAUGUGAAUUAUGCAUUUGGACGUGUGAAGAGAAGUUUGCUUCAUAUUGCAGCAAACUGUGGAUCAGUCGAAUGCCUUGUUCUGUUAUUAAAAAAAGGAGCAAAUCCAAACUAUCAGGACAUUUCAGGAUGCACACCUCUCCAUUUAGCAGCAAGGAACGGCCAGAAGAAAUGUAUGAGCAAGCUGCUGGAAUACAGUGCAGAUGUCAACAUUUGUAAUAAUGAAGGCCUGACUGCAAUUCAUUGGUUGGCUGUCAAUGGACGAACAGAAUUGCUUCAUGAUCUUGUUCAGCAUGUCAGUAAUGUAGAUGUUGAAGAUGCAAUGGGACAGACAGCUCUUCAUGUAGCUUGUCAAAAUGGACAUAAGACAACGGUGCAGUGCUUGCUCGACAGCGGUGCUGAUAUAAACAGGCCGAAUGUGUCAGGGGCAACUCCGCUCUAUUUUGCUUGCAGCCAUGGUCAGAGAGACACUGCACAAAUUCUUUUAAUGAGAGGAGCCAAAUAUUUACCAGACAAAAAUGGUGUUACUCCACUGGAUCUCUGUGUACAGGGUGGUUAUGGAGAGACUUGUGAAGUCUUAAUACAAUACCAUCCUCGACUUUUCCAGACAAUAAUUCAAAUGACACAGAAUGAAGAUCUACGGGAAAACAUGUUGCGGCAAGUUCUGGAACACUUGUCUCAGCAAAGUGAAAGCCAGUAUCUUAAAAUCCUAACAAGUCUUGCUGAAGUUGCUACAACUAAUGGUCACAAACUGCUUAGCUUGUCAAGUAAUUAUGAAGCUCAAAUGAAGAGUCUCUUAAGGAUCGUGAGGAUAUUUUGCCAUGUCUUUCGCAUUGGCCCAUCCUCUCCCAGUAAUGGAAAUGACAUGGGCUACAAUGGAAAUAAAACUCCAAGAAGUCAGGUGUUCAAGGUCAGAAAAGUAUAUGAUGUUGUUAGGAAGAUAGACGUUAAAGAGAUGAAUUUCACAAAGCAUGCAUUCAUUAAUCAGACAUCUCAUGAACAGGAACCGCUGGAACUGCUCUGGCAUUCUCUAGAUGAAUGGCUUGUUCUUAUAGCCACAGAGCUGAUGAAAAACAAAAGAGACUCUGCCAACAUUACUUCUAUUUUACUGAAGCAAAAAGGACCAGAUCACCAGGAUGCUACUCCUACGCCUUCCUUUGCCGCUGCAGAAACUGAGGGCACAAAAGAGCUAUCCACUGAUGCUGGCGAGUUGAAAACAUAUGAUGUUGCUGGGAAGCAGGAAGCUUGUGCUGAUUGCCAGGAUGUUAUCUCUAUGACAGCAAACAGGCUAAGUGCUGUCAUUCAAGCCUUUUAUAUGUGCUGCUCUUGUCAGAUGCCUCAGGGGAUGACGUCGCCUCGUUUUAUAGAGUUUGUCUGUAAACAUGAUGAUGUCCUUAAGUGUUUUGUUAACCGAAACCCCAAAAUAAUUUUUGAUCACUUCCAUUUUCUUCUUGAGUGUCCUGAAUUAAUGUCCAGAUUUAUGCACAUCAUAAAAGCUCAGCCAUUUAAAGAUCGCUGUGAAUGGUUCUAUGAACAUCUGCAUGCUGGGCAGCCAGAUUCAGACAUGGUGCACAGGCCUGUCAAUGAAAAUGACAUCCUUUUGGUUCACAGAGAUUCUAUUUUUAGGAGUAGCUGUGAAGUUGUUUCUAAAGCAAAUUGUGCAAAACUAAAGCAGGGGAUUGCUGUGAGAUUUCAUGGAGAAGAAGGCAUGGGACAAGGUGUUGUGCGUGAGUGGUUUGAUAUCUUAUCCAGUGAAAUAGUUAACCCAGAUUAUGCCUUAUUUACCCAGUCAGCUGAUGGAACAACUUUCCAGCCCAACAGCAACUCUUCUGUAAAUCCAGACCAUUUGAACUACUUCCGUUUUGCAGGACAGAUCCUGGGGCUAGCUCUGAAUCACAGGCAGUUGGUGAACAUCUACUUCACGAGAUCAUUCUACAAGCAUAUUCUUGGUAUACCUGUAAAUUAUCAGGAUGUAGCAUCUAUUGAUCCAGAAUAUGCAAAGAACUUGCAGUGGAUUUUAGAUAAUGAUAUCAGUGAUCUGGGUUUAGAGCUGACCUUCUCUGUUGAGACUGAUGUGUUUGGAGCAAUGGAAGAAGUGCCAUUGAAGCCAGGGGGUGCAAGUAUACUUGUUACACAGGAAAAUAAGGCUGAGUAUGUCCAGCUUGUCACAGAGCUUAGAAUGACAAGAGCCAUUCAGCCUCAGAUAAAUGCCUUUUUACAAGGCUUCCAUAUGUUCAUUCCACCAUCUUUGAUCCAGCUUUUUGAUGAAUAUGAACUGGAGCUUUUGCUGUCUGGUAUGCCAGAAAUUGACGUGAAUGAUUGGUUAAAAAAUACAGAAUACACCAGUGGCUAUGAAAGAGGAGACCAAGUUAUUCAGUGGUUCUGGGAUGUUGUGGAAGAACUAACUCAGGAAGAGAGAGUAUUGCUGUUACAGUUCGUUACUGGCAGUUCCAGGGUGCCUCAUGGUGGCUUUGCCCAUAUAAUGGGUGGCAGCGGUUUGCAAAAUUUUACAAUUGCUGCUGUGCCGUAUACUGCAAAUCUUUUACCAACAUCAAGCACGUGUAUCAACAUGCUCAAGUUACCUGAAUACCCAAGUAAAGAAAUCCUUAAGGACAGGCUUCUUGUGGCAUUGCACUGUGGAAGCUAUGGUUACACAAUGGCAUAAUGAAGUCUAGAAAACUCAUUUGGCUACUGAUGUGCAGUUUCAGGUGGCAGAAGUGAUUUUUGAAACUGUCAAUAGUAAAGCAGCUUAGAUGCUGCAGCGCAUUGGCAGGGCUGGGCUUCAGAAUUCCUACAGGAUCAUCAGCUUUUUGUCCACUAUGCGUUGUCAAAAGUAACUUUGAUACCUUCACAACAAACUGCUCAGUAUGCUGUACUUUCAUUUUAAAAAUUAGAUUUGUAUGGAGUUGGUUUACAUACUUUUCAUUAUGACUUCAGUCUGAAUCAGAAAGUUUGUCAGAAUCUUUUUCCACAGUUUGCUUUCGAUUUUCACCUGUAUGGUUGAAUGACAUUUGCGUUUCAGUCCUUUGCACUCAGAUGGCAUAUGGCACUGCUAAUGGACAGACUUGUACUUUAUGCCUUGUUGCAUGUCAAAGUGCCAUUUAUUUUUUCAGAGAACACUAUAGAAAGUUCAGUUGGGAUAUUGUACAGUAAGACAGAGCUGAUGUAUUUUCCAUUUCUUUGCAUAGUAACAAGAUUUUAUAACUUUUUAGUAUUUUAAUGUAUAUAGUAUGUAAAGACUAGACUUAUCACUGGAAAAAAUAACAGAUGAAGUUAAUAUCUAAUUUAUAUUAGAGUUUACACUAUAUUCUACUAAAUCUUUAAAGUAUUUGUGACUUUAUAGUCAACUUGCAGUUUAGAAUUUGUAAAUAUUAUUCAAGAUCUAUAUUGAUUGUUUGAAUGCCUUUACUCUUUCCGUUAAAUAAUUGUAUGUUUAAAAGGUAUUAUUAAAUUUUAAUAUUUUAACC